CGUCAGUAUUGCAUUUGUUGUCAAAGGUUAUUUUUCUCUGCCAAUUGCCAUUAUUUUUAUUUUUGUCUUUGUAAAACAUUGUGUACUUGUAUUCUUCGUGUUAUAAACAAAUAAUUGUAAUUCGAUGCUUUUGAUACUCUACAUUAGUAGCAUGACUGUGAUUCAAUUUUAGUAUUGCUUCCAAAACUAAGAAGUAUUAUGAGUGACACAUAAAGGAAAUAAAGCCGUUUUAUCAUGUGUUCUACGACUAUUGUAUCAUUUUUAAAGCAAUGGAGAUUGUGGAUCAGGCCGUUCUUGAUUGCGCUUUAUGUUGUAUUAAUUAUAGUACUAGUACCUAUACUUAUAGCUCAUUCAAUAAAUAAUGGUUUUAAGAAGUCUGAUCAAGGGUCUCUCGUGGGUGGGGGAUUUGUGCUCCUCGCUGUGCCCAUUUCCAUAUGGCAGAUAACACAGCAUGUUGUUCACUACACGAAGCCUAUACUGCAAAAGCAUAUUAUUAGAAUAUUGUGGAUGGUACCAAUCUAUGCUUUGAAUGCUUGGAUAGGUCUGGAAUUUCCAGAGCAGUCAAUUUAUGUUGAUUCUCUAAGAGAAUGUUAUGAAGCUUAUGUUAUUUAUAACUUUAUGAAGUACUUGUUGAACUAUCUCAAUGAGGAUCAUGAUUUGGAGGCGCUGUUGGAAACUAAACCUCAGAUAUAUCAUAUAUUCCCAUUAUGCUGUCUGUCUCCAUGGGAAAUGGGCAGUGAAUUUGUACACAAUUGCAAGCAUGGUAUUCUACAGUACACAGUAGUAAGACCUAUUACAACUGUAAUAUCAAUGAUUUGUGAACUAUCAGGUGUUUAUGGGGAGAGUGACUUCAGCCCUAAAGUAGCUUUCCCAUACAUGAUAGCUAUCAACAACCUGUCACAAUUUGUGGCCAUGUAUUGCCUUGUACUGUUUUACAAGGCGAACAGGACAGAGUUGAAACCGAUGAAGCCGAUUGGUAAAUUCUUGUGUAUAAAAGCUGUGGUCUUCUUCUCAUUCUUCCAAGGAGUAAUAAUUAACAUAUUGGUCUACUGUGGAGUAAUUUCAUCUAUAUUUGACAUAUCAGACUCUGAUAAGAUAAAAGUUAAAUCGUCGCAACUGCAGGACUUUUUGAUAUGCAUUGAGAUGUUCUUAGCAGCGAUUGCUCACCACUACAGCUUUUCUUACAAGCCGUACGUUUCGCCGCACAAUCCUUCGCCGUCGUGCCUCGGUUCGUUCCUCGCUAUGUGGGACGUGUCUGACGUCAAGCGUGAUAUAUCCGAGCAUCUUGGUGUAGUUGGGAGCUCAUUCAGCCGUCGGCUCAGAGGAAAGUCGAUGUAUCACAUGGCACGUGGUUACGACGAGAGCUCGCGGCUGGUGAGCGAGCCGGUCCCGUCCAGCUCAGCCCCCAAUCUCACUGUAGACCUAGAACCGCCUACAGUGGAAGUCCGACCCUCCGUAUACGGAUCCCUUGACAACACUGCAGCCAUCUCCACGAACUCCGAAACCGAACCUUUGCUUGACCUACAUCGAGAUGAACCUAAAUACGACCCGAAAGUAUAAAAUACCCAUGUGAUAAUAAUAACUAGUGAUAGUCAUUAUGCAAUUAAUAUGGAAUAUAAGUGGCUUGGUGCUACUUGCUUUACAUUAAUAUGUGCGGAACGCAUCACAAAAAUUCAGGUGGAAAAAGAAUUCUACGAUAGUUUUAUUUACAGGAAUUCACUAGACAUAAGUUAUAUCAUUAAGUUGUACAUUCCUUUUGAAGAUCAAUAUUUUUGUUUGACACCAAAGUACGAAUAUACUAAAUUGUUUUUUUUUUUCGUUCAUUUAUGAUCUGCAAUUCUAUUGAUAAUCUAGCACUAACUGUUAAUAAUUACAUUAGUAUAAAUUGUGAUAUUUAUUUAUAAUAAUCUGACUAC